AUGCCUUCCGACUACGCCCAGAACCAGCCCCUCACCACUGUCAAGGAGGAAGAGGUGGAUAUGUCCCCCUCCCCCAACCCCUACAAGGGCCCCCACUACUCCGACCUCAAGCUGGAUGAGGUCACCUCCGUCCACGACCUCGCCCUGCGCCUGAGGAUGGCUCCGUCACGUUCCAGGCGAUUCGUCGCGUUGAGCGACUUGAGCGCCAGGCGGCUUCCCCCCUUGAGAGGUGUGCCCUUGGAAACGCUUCUCGCAAGAGGGGCGUACGCGAGUCCCACAUCCUGUCCAGGUGCACUGGUGGUGUUUGAACGCUCAGCUCAAUGCUCAGGACCGCGUUGUGCGGGCUCUGCAGUCCCGGGAGCUCACCCGCGGGGGGCUGCGGUCAUCAACGCCAAGUAUCAGUUGGAGAUACACGUCAGGGGCUCAGGACCUGACGAUUCAGAAGAGGAGCUGCAGACUGCCUCGCCCGCGUACCGCACGGCAGGAAGCGGUGGAUCUGGAAGGGAGGAGAUGAUCGAAGAGGAUCCCCGCAGAGAUGCAGGGAGUCCCGUUCAUUCCGCCCAUUCCUCCGACGCUCGCGAUGGGAGCACCAUCGCCCCCCCACCCCGGCUCCUGGGCCAGUCGCGGGCGCAGUCGGAGUCGAUUCCCCGGCCCAGCGUCGACCCCUUCAGAGGGACGCCUAUCACCUUCGACCCCGUCAGACUCUCCCCCCUACCACCCGCCCUCACGCCGCCGCCGGGCGCACCACGUAGCCCAUAUCGGCGGCGGGUAGGAAAAGCCUCCGUGAGGCCAUUAGCGCAUCAUCUUCAUGUCGAUGCCGCAAAUGACCCCCCGGAACGUGGCCCCCUCAUGAAUAGCUACAGUAGUUUUUCUCGACGGAAGGCUCCUCGGCGUAAGCCGGGGUACUCCUCCCGAAGCUACCCUAAGCGGAAGCGAACUUAUGUCAAGCGGUACAAGAAAACAUACCGCAAAAAAGCCAGGAAGUACGCCAAGACGACCACUCGUCGUCCUGGUCGUUACGCUCGGAAGCCCCGUCGGGGUAUUCGCGGUCUUCGCAAGAAGGGCGUUCUUGAUACGUCCAAAAAGAAUAUCACCCGUAUUAAGUUCGUUACGGGCGUCAACCACAAGUCCCAUUCCAACGUCCUUGCUGAGAUCAAGCCGUUGCUGUUUUCCACGACGCACAAGACCUCGACCACUCCUCUUAGCUCUUUUGUCGAGUUUUGGGCCACCAAUCCGGUCAAUUGCAUUCCCGACACGGUCACUCUCACCGGACUCUACAUCAACCUCUUCAUGCGUCUCAGCGCCGGCAGCGCGUGGCGCAUCAGAGUCAUGAUCUUUGAGCACCGGGAACUUCCUGAUGAGUCAUUCGUGACUUCCAGGAUGUUGUUCUCCGAUCCCACCCUCAACCAAUUUCCCGUCGGGUUUGAAGACACCGUUCAGACCUGUGAGACCGGUUACGGCGAAGAGGUCCGGUCCAAUCUUCCUUGGAAAACGUGGCAGGACUCUCGGAACAUCACGCAGACCAGGAGGGAGGAUCUCAUGAAAGGCCGUCCUGUAUUUGACGAGUCCAAGAUCACUAUGAUCCACGAUCAUAUAUACAACAAACGCAACGGUUCGAAGGUCGUGAAGAAUGCCCACAUCAAUAUUUCGAGGCACGCCCAUCGGGUGUACAAGUAUCCUUCGAACGAUGAAGUCAUGAAUGAGGUUGCGAACUCGGGAGUGUAUCGCAACAAACUCUAUCCGUUCAAGAAGUUGUAUGUCAUGAUCCUUGCUCAUGCUACGGUCCCCGGACCGUAUCCAUAUCUGUAUCCUUCUGCCGAAGAGAUAUCGGACAGCCACAAGCCGGAAGAACAUCUUCCGACCACGUAUGGUCAAUUCCCGGCUCAUAGGCACUCCACCCACCCUGACUAUAAGGACCGAUUGAAGCGGUUCAAGCCGAAAGAGGCUAAACCUCCUCCUGUUGAUCCUGGUGACAGCGCCAGUCAAGCUGGUGGCCGCGCCAAGGAUAAAGAAGAAGAAGAUCACGGCGAUGAUCCCCCUGAUGAUGACGAACCAGAUGUCGUCAUCGAUCCUUCCUUCGUAGGUCCGCAAUAUGCCUGGCUUGAGGUAGCUCCGCAAAUAGACUUUUGCUUCCGCAACAAUGCGGACUCGGUUCCCAUACUUAGUUAG